GGAGGAGCGAACUGGGCUUGGGGGGCGGCUGCACAGUCUCCGGGAUCCCCAGGCCUGGAGGGGGGUCUGCGCGCGGCCGGCUGGCUCUGCCCCCCGUCCGGUCCCGAGCGGGCCUCCCUCGGGCCAUCCCGAUGGUGACCGGGCCCAGCGGAGCCUGAGCAAGGAGCCGGUCCGUCGCGGAGCCGGCGGACGGGAGGAACAUGACAUCGCGGAGAUGGUUUCACCCAAAUAUCACUGGCGUGGAGGCCGAAAACCUACUGUUGACAAGAGGAGUUGAUGGCAGUUUUUUGGCAAGGCCCAGUAAAAGUAACCCUGGAGACUUUACGCUUUCUGUUAGGAGAAAUGGAGCUGUCACUCACAUCAAGAUUCAGAACACUGGUGAUUACUAUGACCUGUAUGGAGGGGAGAAGUUUGCCACUUUGGCUGAGUUGGUUCAGUAUUACAUGGAACAUCAUGGGCAAUUAAAAGAGAAGAAUGGAGAUGUUAUUGAGCUCAAAUAUCCUCUGAACUGUGCAGAUCCUACCUCUGAAAGGUGGUUUCACGGACACCUCUCUGGGAAAGAAGCAGAGAAGUUAUUAACCGAGAAAGGAAAACACGGCAGCUUCCUGGUACGAGAGAGCCAGAGCCACCCUGGAGAUUUUGUUCUCUCUGUCCGAACUGGUGAUGACAAGGGGGAGAGCAAUGACGGCAAGUCCAAAGUGACCCACGUCAUGAUCCGCUGUCAGGAACUGAAAUAUGAUGUUGGCGGAGGAGAACGGUUCGACUCUUUGACAGAUCUCGUGGAGCAUUAUAAGAAGAAUCCUAUGGUGGAAACAUUGGGCACAGUUCUACAGCUCAAGCAGCCCCUCAACACAACUCGCAUCAAUGCUGCUGAAAUAGAGAGCCGGGUUCGAGAACUAAGCAAAUUAGCUGAGACCACAGAUAAAGUCAAACAAGGCUUUUGGGAAGAAUUUGAGACACUACAACAACAGGAGUGCAAACUUCUCUAUAGCCGAAAGGAGGGCCAGAGGCAAGAAAAUAAAAACAAAAAUAGAUAUAAAAACAUCCUGCCCUUUGACCACACCAGGGUUGUUCUACAUGACGGUGAUCCCAAUGAGCCUGUUUCCGAUUACAUCAAUGCAAAUAUUAUCAUGCCUGAAUUUGAAACCAAGUGCAACAAUUCAAAGCCCAAAAAGAGUUAUAUCGCCACACAAGGCUGUCUGCAAAAUACUGUAAAUGACUUUUGGCGGAUGGUAUUUCAAGAGAAUUCCCGAGUGAUUGUCAUGACAACGAAAGAAGUGGAGAGAGGAAAGAGUAAAUGUGUCAAAUACUGGCCUGAUGAGUAUGCUCUGAAAGAGUACGGGGUCAUGCGUGUUAGGAAUGUCAAGGAAAGUGCUGCUCACGACUACACGUUAAGAGAACUUAAACUUUCAAAGGUUGGACAAGGGAAUACGGAGAGAACGGUCUGGCAAUACCACUUUCGGACCUGGCCGGACCACGGAGUGCCCAGUGACCCUGGGGGCGUGCUGGACUUCCUGGAGGAGGUGCACCAUAAGCAGGAGAACAUCAUGGAUGCGGGGCCAGUGGUGGUUCACUGCAGUGCUGGAAUUGGCCGGACAGGGACUUUCAUUGUGAUUGAUAUCCUUAUUGACAUCAUCAGAGAGAAAGGCGUCGACUGCGACAUUGAUGUUCCCAAAACGAUUCAGAUGGUGCGAUCUCAGAGAUCAGGGAUGGUCCAGACAGAGGCCCAGUACCGGUUCAUCUACAUGGCUGUUCAGCAUUAUAUCGAAACACUACAGCGCAGGAUUGAAGAAGAGCAGAAAAGCAAGAGGAAAGGUCACGAGUACACAAAUAUUAAGUAUUCCCUCACGGACCAGACGAGUGGAGACCAGAGCCCCCUCCCGCCUUGUACCCCAACACCGUCCUGUGCAGAGAUGAGAGAAGACAAUGCUCGAGUCUAUGAAAACGUGGGUCUGCUGCAGCAGCAGAAAAGCUUCAGAUGAGAAGACCCGCUGAGACUUCAGCACAGACAGAUGUGGACUUCACCUGUUCCCAUGAAAAGAUCAAGAACAGGUGCAAGAAAGUUUAUGUGAAGAAUGAACUUGAACCUCGAAGGCUUGUGUUGUGGUCGACUCCCUUUUGAUGAGCAGAAUCUGAAACCAUUUGAAGACCACUGUAUUCUAACUCAACAGCACCCUAUUUCCAAUUACUCAUUUCCUCAGACAAGAAAUCAUCUCUACAAUGUAGACAGUGUUAUAUUUUAUAGAGUUUUAUUUUAAAUCGAGGACUCCGUUAAAUUGUGCUCUAUACUUUGCAGAUAGUGGUGAUUUGAAUCCUAGUUAUUGGCCUUUUUCUUUCUUUUUAUAACCUUAACCAAUUUAGUUCUUUCCUCUCUUUGUGGGGAGUGAUAGGACACUUGUUAGAGGAAAACUGGGGAAAAUUAAGUGACAAUAUCCUGUAGUAGUGAGAACAGUUUAGUUUAUUAUCAUUUAUCCAGUAGGGGGUAAUCCAUUUUGAUGGCUUCUUUCUUUGGCUAAAUGAUAAUUAGGCCAGUGCCCCAGACUGUCAGAAGUUGACUCUUCCUUUGCAUUGCCACUAAAAAAUCAUGGGGGAAAAAUCAUGGGAAUUUAGGAUAAAAAGGCAUGCUUUUUUCUUAGCGGAUGACCAGUGACCAUUCAGCCUGCUGUGGUGGGGAAAUGUUUGCCGUAUUGUCAUUUGAGUAUUGUCUUGUAUUUGGGAAAAAUGCGCCUGUGGACAUCCAGUGUUUUGGUUUUCAGUUGUUGCUGACAAAUCACCCCAAAACAUGGCGGCUUAAGGUGAUUAUUUGUUCCUCACUGUUCUUCAGUCCGCACUGGGCCCAGCCGAGCUGUUCUGCUCAUGCUGGUGUCACCUGCUGGUUGGCAGGCUGGCUGACACACUGGGUGGCCGAGCCCUCUCUCUGCACAUGAUCCUCGGGUCUCUGCUUCUCUCUGUGAUCUUGCCACGUGGCCUCGCCAGCAGGUCACUGGGCCUCUUACAUGGCAGCUCAGAGCUCCCAAGAGUAUAAGGCAGUAGUGGCCAGGCCUUCUUACGACUUACACCCAGAACUGUCACAGCGUCACUUCUGCUCCCUGCUGAUUCGAGCAAGUCAUAGGCCCAACCGAGAUUCAGGAAGAGGGGACUACACCGGGACAAGAAGUGGAGGUGUGGUUCACUGGGGGUCCCCAGGGUAACAGACCGUCAGAACCAGUGCCAAGGAGAAAGCUAUUGUUAGCAGAAAUAGAGGCUGCAGUGGCUGACCUUGGGGAGCUGAAGCCGUCUGUGAUGGCGGGUGGACGCUGGGGGUCGGGCUGGGAAAGGGCCUUGCAGAAGCGCCCGGCCCCAGUUCUGCGAGCUCAGCAUCUUUCUGAACCAUCGCUUAGGAAAACUGGUCUCGAGAGGACAGACGUGUCUAGGGGGACAGAGCAUUUGAAAGCACCAACCCCAUCACCACGGCCCCCACAGAGGGAGGCGAGUGGGUGCUUUCUUCACGCACCGGUUCCACUCGGGCCUCCACGCAUGCGUGUGGUCCUAACGGGCUGCUCAUUGGAUUGAAUCAGCAGUAAGAUUUGCUCAAGUGCUACCUGAAGUGCCUUCUCCAGAAAACGCCCCUCGUCGCCCCGUGUGUUGGCUCGUCCGGUGAGUGUUUCAGUUAGUCUCAUGGGUUGACCUUGUGAAGGUGAUAAGCGCUCCGGCAGCGUGGCCAUUCAGGCAUGGUCUCCUGUCUGGAAUCCCCUUGCUUUUGCUCCAGAGAGGAAGGGCUAGAUCCAGCCCUGGUAGCAGUUCCCUUCUGAUGUCUUUACCUCCCUUGACCCUGAUCCUUUGGGGCGAGUGAUGGCUGCCAUUUUCACAAAGUGUAUAGUGUUCCCCCCACACAACCCCCCUCCCCAGUCCAUUGAACUUAGCAUUGCUUCAGAGCACAGGUGUGGUCUGAAGGUGAUUACCGUGUAAGAGGAACGUAAAUGACUACUAUCUCCUUGUCAAGCCUGUAAAGAGAUUCAAGUUCAGUGUCUGCAACAAGGAUCUGGAAUCCUGUUCUUUCUAUCACUUAUUGAAUGGUUCUCCUUUUUGCCUCGAUUUCAUGGAAAUGUCUUGACUUUGGACUUUGGGGGCAAAGUCUUUCACCAGCAUACAAGGGUCUGACUGUAUAAAUAAACCCGCUGCAUUAAGUCUCUGCCUGGAGCUUCGGAUCGGUUGUUUUUGCGCUCGGAACAGGAAACACCGGAUCUUGGCUAGCUCUCAGCGUUACAGGACAUUGAUUUCAUUUAGAUUUCCCUCCACGAAGUCAGUCAGCUAUCAUGUUAGGUCAGUUUAAGCCAAGAUAAGAUUAUGAUUGUCCCUAGGUUGCUAAGGUUUGUUGUGUGUUUGAUAAAAGGGGAUUGCAGGUUCUCAAGAUGAGAUUUCACUCUUCGGGGUGGAAUCAGGCAGGUGAAGAUGGGGGGAGCUCGAGGUGCGGGUUCAAAAAAUAGUGGAAAUGGAAGUUCCAAAAAGGUGGUUUUGGAGGAAGUCAAAGGGCCCAGGGCCAGAGCUGUCAGUGAUAGUUGGAUCAGAUUGCCCGGGAAAUCGGUGUGGUAGUUACCUGUACACGGUUGGCUCCUAGGUUACUGGUAGAUCUAAAGUUUGCACAAUAUCCCAUAGCUGGUUGAGUAUUUUAAAAUUAUAUGCCUAGGGUUUUAUAUUUGGGGUGAAGAAAUUAUAUGGCAUGGGUUUUUUAAAAACGCCAAAUUUCAGUUUUAAUAACUUUUAUAUAUAUAUAUUAAAAAAGACACUUCAUAUCCGGUGUGUGGCCCUCCUGAAAAUUAUGGUCAUCUAGUCCAUUGAAAUCCAUGACUUUUCAAAUGUGGUUAAAUGGGGUUGAGAAAACAGAUGUAUGACUUGGUGUUUUGCAUUCUCGAAGUAGCCCAGUUGCUUUGGAAAAGCCAAGAAAAUCAUCAGCAUUGUUUUUAGGUUUUUUUUUUUUUUUACUGGGGAUUUUAAGAAUAAGGUAAGGUCUUGGGUUAUUGCUAGUUCAGGGGAAUGUGGAAAGGUAUGCAGUUGUGAAGUGCUUUGUUGUAGCUCAUUAAUCCACGAGGAGAACUUAGACUGUAGACAUAAAUCCAAACCCAUAAGGUGCGGUUUUCCGGAUGAUGUUGGGGGAAUGAUGUUUUAUAUAGCAAGCACACGGCCUCCCUGACUCCACGAUACUUUCUUAGGAUCUGUAUUAGUUCUCCAUUUUGUUGAAAUCUUUUACCUCCUCUUCCUCUGGAAAAAUAAGUUCCAAUAUAUAGUUUAUUGUAUCUUCUGUUAUUAAAACGUGCGUUCUUUUUUUCCACCGGGCAGUUCACACAAGGCAAACAUAUUAAACACUUGGUUUUAGUGUGGUGUAUAACGUUGCUGUAUAUCAAACUGAUUUUUCCAAGUUUUCAUCCUAAACCUCAAAUCAUGUAAUUAAUAAUUCGUCUGUUUUAUUUAUGACCUAAUUGUGAUUCUUUUAUUAAUAAAAGCUAAUGGAAAAGGAUCCUUUAUUAAGCUGAUGACUAGACGUACAUUUAAUUUUCCUGCAGUAUAUGAAGCAUUGUAUCAGAGUAUUAAAAGAUAUGUAAUAUUUUAUUGAUAAAUCUAUCCUUUAAAAGGAAUACAUUUUAGGAUGUCAUCAUUUUGAUGUGAAUCAUGUAAAUGUUGAUAAUAUGCACUGUUUAUUAUACAUUUAGUGUUUUCAAGAGAUUCACUUAAUUGCCUUUUUUUGCCCACGUACAUUAUGUAGUCUAUUUGCAGUUGUUUUUAAAAAGUGACAUUAAAUGAAUAGUUUAUGUAGAGAAACAUUAGUGGAUGUUAAUUGUCUCCCCACCUGUAUUUAUGGGUGUUAGUUCAACUGCUUUGCUAGUUGCGAAGCCGUAUUAUCAGAAUACAAAGUGUAUUUGUAAACUAUAUGGGAACUAAAAAUUAGGAAUAAAACCAUUUUC